AAACUCUUCACUAAUUCUCAAAAGAAAUAUGAAUCCUUCUCAGAAGCGACCAGUUGUCAAUGCAUCUAGAGAUUUUCCACCUGGUCGUGGAACUUCCACUAAUGUUCCUGACAAGGCUUUCAAGAAAUCAAGAGCAGUUGAUGUUGUUGUUCAUCAUGCUGUUGCAAAUUCAGAACCCGUUAAAGUUUCUCCCGGAGAAGAACAAGAGUUUAGAAACUCUCAUCAAGAACAUGUUCCUACACCUCGUGAGAAAGUGCAUGAGGUCUUGCGUGUUUUCAAAGAAGUGUUCACACAGUUGGAUCGAGAGAAACAAGCUAGGCGCGGUGGAGAUUUAUACGAGGCGACAGCUCGAAUAGACCUCAAAACACAAGUUUUCUUAGAGAAAGAAGGCAAACAUGUGAACACGCCGAACAGAAUUGGACAAGUUCCUGGAAUCGAAGUUGGAGAUGAGUUCCAGUACAAAGCUGAACUUCGUGUCGUCGGGCUUCAUUUCAGGACCAUGUCCGGGAUCGACUAUGUGGAAGUUGAAGGUGUGAAGUUGGCGACAAGCAUCGUUUCGUCGGAAAGAUAUGAUUUUGAUGAUAAGUUUGAUGCUGAUGUUGUGAUAUAUACUGGGGAAGGAGGAAACGUGAUUAACAAGGAAAAGAAAGCUGAAGAUCAGAAGAUGAUAAAGGGCAAUUUAGCAUUAGCUAACAGCAUGAGGCAUAAGAGGGAAGUGAGAGUGAUACGUGGAGACGAGAGAUGGGAUGGUAAAGGGAAGCAUUAUGUGUAUGCUGGAUUGUACUUAGUUGAUAAGUACUGGUUAGAGAAAGGAGUUAGUGAGAGGAAAGCUGUAUGUGCAUCAGUAUGAUGAGUUGGAUUCGGUUCAUUGGCAAGAGAGGUCAUGGAGGUAAAAUUAUAAUUAAGAAUAAGCAUUCUAGGGUUCCUGGCCAGCCUUCCACUAACCCGAGACACUAUUGUGAGAUG